GGUAGAGAGCUUUAUGUAACUGUAAUGCUGAUAGAAACACACAGCACAGACCGAGCUGCUGAACAAAAACACGUUAACCAGCUAGAAAACAAACAAACAACAACAACAACAAACGGUUAGCAGUUCAUCGGUUCAGGCCGCCACAGGAAGAGGGUCUUCAUUAUCGCCGCGGUUAGAUGAAGUUAAAUAAAUGACUGAUUGCGAUUUGUUAUUUGGCGUUUUAUCAGCUGUGGAAAUGUCCCAGCCACAGUGACAGUGUCCCGCUGGAGGAGAGACACACUGAACAUUCAGUACUUUCCCACAGCGACCUGACGCUCCUGAACGUUACACUGAACCAAACUAAUACAAACUGAUACCUUUUCUAUUUAACAAUCAUGGCUGCUGCUUUGUUCAGAGGGGGAACAGGAGUAUGUGUCAGAUGCAUUCACAGGGAGUUGUGCAGAGUCGUAUGGAGGCCACAAACUGCACUGUUCAGCUCCAAACCACCAGACAGAAAUCAACCACGCAGGACACACAUCAAGAAAGCCAAGCCCCAGCCAGCGGUGGAUGUCGCUAAACUCUUGGAGCAACUCUUUUCCCAGCGCAGGCCGGGCACAGCGCCUCCUGCUGCUAAAGCUCGACCAGCCAAAGCCUCCUCUGUACCUACAAAACCUCCUACCACCUCCUCAAUCAAAGUCUCCACCUCAAAUAUUCCUUCACUGUCUGUCGUUCCUGCUGCUUCUAGUUUCCAGCAAAUUGACAGUGUUCCUAAGACUACAAAUACUUUUAACACUGCACCGCUAUCCCCUCAACCAAUAGCAGCAUCUUCGACAAACCCAAAGACUUCAUAUUCCUCAGACAUGCCUCCGCAGUCUCCUCUUGAUUUUAUUCAGGGAUUUGCUGCUGAUAGUGUUUCCAACGUGACUUUUUCUUUAGCCAGCACAGCACCUGCAUCAUUAGAACCAGAAGCAGCUGCAAUAGGAUGGCAAACCUCGGCUGAAACAAUAGAAAAUGUCGAAACAGCUACAGAGCCAGUUGAACUCAAAACUGUCACAGUACUGCCCUUAUCAGCCCACACGGUGGAGGAGAAUGUAGAGACCUCAUCUUUUUCAGCUGUUACAGUAGAAACCUUAAUAGAAACUACAACAGAAUCAACAGUGGAGCUUGGCCUGUCUCCUGUGGAAACGCUAGACGCUGCUGUUGUUGAAAGUCCAGUAGAGCCUACAGUAGAUGUUCCAGUUGAAGUACAAACCAAAUGCACAGACUCAGGUAUGAUUGAUGUCUCAUACACUGCCAAAUUAGAACCAUUCAUAGGAACUACAAUAGAAUCACCAGCAGAUCCCAGCCAAGUUCCUGUAGAAACACUAGAAACAAGAGCUGCUGUUGUUGAUGGUCCAGUAGAAUCUACAAUAGAUGUUACACUAGAUAUAACAGCUGAAACCAAAAGCACAAACUCAGGAGUGGUUGAUAUUACACACAAUAUAACAGUAGAACCCUUAUUAGAAAUUACAGCUGAACCAUCAGUAGACGCCAGCACCUCCCCUCUGGAAACACUAGAAACCAGAGCUGCUGUUGUUGAAUGUCCAGUAGAUGCUCCAGCACAAGCAGUACAAACCAACAGCACAGACUCAGGUCAUGUUAACUUCUCACACAUUGCUGAUGAGGAACCCUUAAAAGAAGCAACAAUAGACCCAUCAGUAGAGGCCAGCACCCCUCCUCUGGAAACACUGGAGAGUAGAGCUGCUGUUGCUGAAGGUUCAGUUGAAACUCUAACAGAAACUGAAGCAGAUACAGCAGCUCAAGCAGUACAAACCAGCACCAAAGGCAGGGUUAGCGUCUCAUACAGUGCCAAAGAAGAACCUUUAAUAGAAACAGUAGAACCAGCAGUAGAGGCCAGCACCUCUCCUCUAGAGAGUAGAGCUGCUGUUUCUGAAGGUACAAUAGAGCCUACAGUAGAAACUGAAGCAGCUGUCAGCCCCUCACACAGUGCCUUAAUCCAAAAUGCACAAGAAUCUGCACCCUUGCCUUUGAGAAACAAAGCAGAAUCUACAGUAGAAUCGUCCUUAGGAAACUUCACUGUGGAGGAGGGAGUGAAGUCUGAACAAAUGACUUUAGAGUCUGUAACUCUCCAUGCAGUUACGGUUCAGGUAGAGUCCUUGAAAACUGAUGAACUCCUCCAAACAAAAUCUGCUCUUGAUGAAAAAGCAGAAAAACAACUCCAGGAGUUGUUAGUCCAGACGGGGACUGGAGCCGAGUACAAAGCUGCAGCCGAAACUGAGAAUGCAAGUGAAGAUGAGGCCGAAAUUUUAACUAAAGCUCUUUCAAAAUGGAACUCUCUAUCUGAAGAUCUUCAAGAGUUAGAAGGAGAAAGUGGCACGUUAGUGAAGGAGCUCCUCUGUCACGUACCUGCGGUGCUUUCCAAAACUCCUGACAUGGAGAAAACAAUUUCAGCCUCUGGUCCACCUGUAGGAGCAAAUGGAGAGUGUUUGCAGGUGGAGGAGAAGGGAAGCGAAGCAGAAGCCAUGACGCUGGAAUCAGUCAUUUUUUUGAAAGUGAAGGCUGAAGUUGGAGGUCUUGAAACCGAAGUUCUGCUAGAAACAAGGAAUGCACUUGAGAAAGAAGCUGAGGUACUAGCAAAAGAGGAGAGGAUGGAGAUUCGGAAAACGAUGGAAGAUGUCUUUGAGGACACAACAGAGGCUGAAAUUUUAACACUAGAUUCGAUAUCUGAAACCACAGAUGCAAUAGAGGCUGAGACAUCCGUUAUGCUGGAGACCAUGUUCGGUUCUGAGCAAGGUCCGACGCAGCCAUCUGUCAAUUUACCCGUUGAUCAGCAACUGGGGCAACAGGAUGAAACGAGUGAUCAGGAAAAGAGGUCUGGAGAGCAGGAAGAGAGUGCCUUGGAGGCCAUGACUCUUGAGUAUGUGAUUCUGGCUGACAUUGAGGUCUCCUUGGAAACUCUGGAGAAUGAGUCUCUGAGUGAAGCCUCGGAUUAUCUGGAGAAAGAAGCUGAAAUUCUUGCUGGAGAGAAGAGGAUGGAGGUAGAGGAUGUGGUGGCGUCUGAAGAGACGACUGAGGCUCUGUCUUUCCCCGAAGAUGACGCUCCGUCUACAGCGCUGCAGGCAGACACACUGAUGGAGGAGCCGCUCUUUUCUGUUUCUGAGCACAUAACAGGGGUAACGGAAGGCCAGAUUGGCCAGGAGGUUGUAAGAGAGAAUAUUUUGGAUGCAGCAGUUGCCACCGGGUCAGUUGAUAUUGAUUUAGCGGCUACAGUGACAGAGGACCUUCCAGCUUCCGACGCUCUGAAGGAGGUGCUGCUGGGAGAGGAGGUGGAGGAGGAGGGAGUACAGACUGAAGCCUUGGGGAUUGCGGAUGGCACACAAACAGCUUUAGAUCCAGUACAGAGACUCUUUCUGGAGAAGAUCAGAGAAUACAACAACAUGAGCAGGUUGAAUGGAGGGCCGUUGGAGGCGGAGCCAGACUACGAAAAAUAUCUGUCAGAGGAGACCGCUAAGCUCCAGAGACUUUAUGGGGGAGGAGACCUGAGCAGCUUCCCUGAGUUCACCUUCACCGAGCCCAAAAUGGACCAGGACUCCAAAUGAUCCAUGACGCCUACCUCCCACUCUUCUUCCUUAACCUCUUCUCCUUAGGCCUGUCCUCUCUGACUUCCUCCUCCAUUACCUCCGCAUUUCUCUACAUGGGAGAACAGAGAGAGGGGGAGGAGGAAAAGAAGAAGAAGAAGAAGAAGAGGCAUAAGCGGUUUGUUUGGGUGAUCUGUCUUUAAAGUAAGAGAAAAUGUAUUCAACAAAUACAUGCAACAAAUUCAUUUUAUUAAAGCAGCGGCAUCAAAAGAGCAAGUCUGUGUUCUCUGGUGUUCAGGGUGUGUGUUGGUGUGAAAUGCAAUUAGAGCUUCACUAGAGCAGUGAAUGCCUGAAUGGACAGCAGGUGGUGCUGUCAAUUCAGCAUCUCUAUAUUUGGCUCCAUUUAUCUCCGUCUACCUCUCUGUUUCUAUGGCUCACACUCUCCCUCUUUCUGUUCUUUCUUCCUCUUACUGGCCUUUGCAGCCCAUAUUUGUCUGUAUGCACUCAGUGUACUCUCUCCAUCACUGCCGGCUGUGCUGUGCAGUGACAGAGGCAGUCUUUGCCAAGUCAAAUCCCCCUCAGUCACGACUCAGUGAUAGAGAUGGUCUGAGUCACAACCACAGACACGCUGAAGGAAAAAAAUAGCGCAGUACCAAACUACAGUACAGUACCACAUUUUUGGGGUUUGUUUUUUAUUCUAAGCAAAGAAAAGACACAUCUGAGUCGUAAAUUGAUGUAAAACGUUUUCUAAAUGAAUUCGGCUAUGUAAAGUGGAGUGACAGAAUUUAAUAAGAACCAAAUAGGAGCCAGUUGUCAUUCACAUUCAUUCAUUUCCAGCUGUGUUGAUCGGGACGCACUGAGUGGCCCUGUGGUGACGUCACCCGGUUUAGGCGGUCACUCAGAUUGCCUGCGCAGAACACCGGCGUGCGUGCGUGCGUCCCGACCUGAGUGUAGCUACACGCGACCCCUCGGUUGUCCUCGGCUCGUGACACCUCAUUUGAAAUCUCAGUUAGCUAACCGUUAACGACCAACGGCCAUUUAACGGUCGCUGCUAAAGCAACUCCGGCUGUUUCUUGUGUGUGUGGUCGCACGCGCUCUCU